AUGGAUCGACCUAGUACGAGCCAACAGUCAGUGGAGAAGGUGGAAAUGUUUGAAGUUCGGGAACAUGUCCCUUAUCAAGCGGAACUGACAAGAGCACCUGCCGCUUACGAUGAAGAAAGUGGCGAAAUGUAUAGUUCCAAAUGGUAUUCCGCUUGGCAGGCAAUAUGCCAACUCUUCAAUCUUCUUCAUCACAUGCAGAUAGCGAUAGUCGUGUUCUCCAUGUGGCAUUUUGCUUUAACUUCUGCACCUAAUGGAUCCAUCAGCAAUUUACAAUUGCAUAUCAUAUUUGCGGGAACCGGUGUACGUAUACAUUUUUAA